AUGUCUACCUACGAAGACGAUCAUAAUAUAGAUAAUCGGCCAGUCAGCAGAAACAACGACAACACUACUAGAACUCAUAGACCAAGACAGCAUCAGACAUUAUCAUCAGCAAUAGAAUUCUUUCUCACUCAGGAAAAUACUGGGGCAGUAACAGAAACUCCUACUGAUGAAGUAUUUGCAAAUGCUUUACGAUUUCUUAGUGAAGAUCAACAAUCGGAAGUAGUUGUAAACUUAUUAUCACAAAUCAAUGACAAUGAUGAUAUUACUACUCCAUUAAAAAAACAGAAGAAAGGUGUAGAACAAGAAUUCAUUGAUGCUCUAGAAAGAGUACCACUAAAUAAGAUUAAGAAAGAAGCAGAUUGUCCGAUCUGUACCAAUAAAUUUGUAGAUAAUGAUUAUCCAUUAAUAGUCAAACUCCCAUGUUUGCAUACAAAAGUAGAUCAUAUCUUUGAUUUGGAAUGUAUUGGACCAUGGUUGAAAUUUAAUUCUACUUGUCCAUUAUGUAGAUUUGAUGUAUUAGAAGCUGAUAAAUUUAGAAAGGAAAAGCUUGCAGAAGAAUUAAAGAAAUUACGAGAAGAAGAUGAAGAAGAGGAAGAUGAUGACUGGGAGUUAUACGGAUGA